CGAAAACAAAAAUCUAUUUCUUUGUGGUAUAUGUCAAUGUUCUCACACUUUCAAAGAAUAUAUUAGCUUAGUCACUUACUUAUUUUUUUUUACAAAACAAUGUAUUGGAGUCUUGAAAGUUGAAUCCAUAUUAUUGUAAAUGUACAUAAGAGUGUGAUUACAUAUUUAGUGAUUCUUGUAUAUGUGUCCAAGAAAGUCUCAAUGGCUUAGUGGUAUCUCUCAUAUAUUCAUGUCAUUCUAACCCGGGUUCGAUCCUUUUCUUUGCAUUGGUUUUUCAUUUUUUACGAAAAAAUAAAUGAGAUGACGUGGCAACUUCGGACUCUCUGAUUGGACGAUUUUUUGUGCCUACGUGGACACUCUAAGAGGAGCUUAUAUUCUCCUUUUAGUAUAGUAUAGAUUUUGAAGUGUCUUUUAAUUGAAGAACACUAGAAUCAUUAUAAAAUCUAAAUCUAUAUAACCCUUUAUAAAUACACAAUAACAGUUUUGAAAUUAUUAAAUGCCUACAACUUGUAUUAUUGUAAGUUUUUUGCUGCAACGACUUAUUGUAGUGUAAAACGUACAUGUGUUAAUUCGAUGUUGUUAGGUUUUGACUCUCAAACUGUAACCCUCAGACUCAAUUUAGGUUAUUCAUUCGUAUUUUACCCUAUAAAUUGUUUGCUUCUUUAGAUACCUUAAAACAUUCCAGUUAAGAAACUAUAUCCUCCACAAAAAAACAUAAAAACAGUAGACACCAUGGAAGGUAGGAUCCAAGCUCUAGUAUCAAUGAUUCUGAUCGUGACACUAUGUGCCACUAUACUAUUGCAGCCGGGCUUGGCCGACGUGCAAGUAACACCUCAAUUUACUUCCUUUCCUGGCUCCCCUAUAGAUCUCACAAAAUGUUGGUCAUCUCUCUUAAGUGUUGAAGAUUGUGUAAUUGACAUCUACAAGUUUUCUGUAACCGGUAAGUUUGGUAUUAACCAGGCGUGUUGCAAGGCGUUUAUGGAUAUGGAUGAUAAGUGUUGGCCAAAAAUGUUUCCGUUCAAUCCAUUCUUUCGUCCUCUUCUCAAGAAUAGUUGCUCUCGUAUCGACGGAGUUGUUCUCACACACACCACACCUCAUCAAGUCCCUACCAUUCCUGGGGUUUCUCAUCCCGGUUCUCCAGUCGAUCUCACAAAAUGUUGGUCAUCACUUACCAGUGUUCAAGGUUGUGUAACUGAAAUCUACAAAUCAGUGUUCACGGGAAAGUUAGAUAAUGUUGGACCAAUGUGUUGUAAGGCAGCUUCGGCUGUGGGUGCGAAAUGCUGGCCACAUAUGUUUCCACUAAAUACAUUCUUCCCUCGUCUUCUCAAAGAAAGUUGUUCUCGCAUCAUCAAUGAAGUAGAACCUACGCACAAAUGAAGUCAGUAACAGAAGAAAUCAUGGGAAAUGCUUUGGGUUUAGUUACUUACAGCUUGUACUUCAUACUUUCAAUAGUUUAUGUAUUCCAAUGAAAUUAUCUAUUUUAAAAGAACUAAUUCAAAAACUAUAUUGUCAAAAACUCAAACCAUAGAUCAUCACAUUCUGAUCUAGCAGUCUUAGAUCUUCCUUCCACCAAGACUAAGGCUAACUCGAGCUCUAUGCUUAUAGAACCUAUCAUGUUCAAGUAAAAUCGUGCCAAUAGCCAUAUAAACGAUGUGGGAUACUUCAUACCAAUAACAAAUGUUAGAAGUAUUUUUUUUUUUUUUGAAAUUUUAUGUUUACCACUUUUCAUCUUUACUACCACUAAAGAGACAUUUUCAAAAAUAUCUUCUUCAUUAAGUGACAAAAGAUUCUUAUACCCUUGUUAUCUCUAUAUAUAAUAAAUCGUUAUUUAAAUGAAUAAAAAAUAAAAAAAAAUAAAAAA